AUGGAAGCUGAUCGAAUAAGCAACUUGCCUCUGGAUUUAACGUACAAUAUCCUAGAAUGUUUACCGCUACAAGAAGCUGCCAAGACAAGCGUUUUGUCGCAACAUUGGAGGUUUUUAUGGGCUUCUAUCCCACAGCUUGUACUUGAUGAGUCAUUCUGUGCUACCAUCGUAAAUGGUAAAAGUGAACCUGCAGAUAUCUCGUUGCGUUACUCAAAGGUUGUCAACAGUAUACUUCUUAGUCAUGUUGGACCGAUAUCUAAGUUUGUACUUUUUGUUCCCUCUUUCCCCGGAGAAAGAUACCCAUGGGUAAACUAUGUUUUUCGUGAUGGCGAAUUUUAUCCAAAUCUGAAAAAGAAAUUGCCUGAAUGUUUGUUCACAUGUUCGGGCUUGACGCAUUUGACUCUCAUCGGAUGCAAACUCCGCUCUCUUCCGCCGUCUUUUAUGGGUUUUCCGUGCCUUAUUUACUUUAAAUUGGUGGGGAGCCAAGAGCUCUCUGUUGAGACAAAGAAAAGUGAUUAUUUUGGAAAAAUUCCAAUAAAAAUGGGACAACUGCGAACUUUGAAUUUGUCAGAUAUAAAACUAUAUAAGAAGUCCAACAUUUCUGUUUUGUUUUGCUUGUUUGCGAGCUCCCCACAGUUAGAACGACUAUACAUUGAAAUUUCCGAGCUUGUGAAAGUCACCGAUGAUCACCCACUUCAGAUUGAUUGCUCUUUUACCCUUCGAUGCCUUAGAAAAGUGCAACUCCUUCGUGUAUCAGGGUGGAUCCGUGAGCUACAGCUGAUAAAAUACAUUCUAGCCCAUUCUCCUGUCUUAGGGAAUAUGACGAAUGAGCUCCAUAAGAAUAUGGAAGUUGAACAAAAAUACAAUUUCGCCUUGGAGGCUAUGCGAUAUUGUCGAGCCUCACCAAAUGCUGAGAUAAUAAUCAAGGACAAGUAA